AUGGAGCAAGCGACUGAUAAGAAGAAAGUCUUGCUUUACUUUGAUUGUUUAAAGAGCUUCAUAGUAAUUUACUGUCCGAAUGAUUCUGGCAUAAUAGAGUCAACAUUUUCAACACACGCUGUAGCAAGAGAACUUUGCUCAGUUCAAUCAAGGUUGCAUAAAGGAUAUAUUAAAAGUGUUCCUUGUUACAAGAGCAUACAAAAGCUCGGAAUACCCUCCCAAUGCGGUCAAAAGGCGGAAACUGUAUACAAUGGUUACUUACAAGAUGCCAAUGAGGAUUACGAUGUGUUAGAAGAUUCUGAUCGAAAUCGGCAUAGAUAUUGUAUUGAGGAAGCAUACAAGAUGGCCUGCAUUUCUCAAAAUAUAUUUGAGGUUUGUGAUGAAGCUGCCCAAAAUACAUUUGAUGAACUGAUUGUAAAGUCUAAAGCUCUAAGAAGGGUAUGCACACAAGCCAACAUUGUUGAACUACGUACCGAUUUUAUAGACUUUCUGUUCAUUGAUGAAGAAGAUGAAGACCAUUUACGAACAUUUUUUGAUUUUUAGAAAAAAACUUAAUUCUGAUCACUAAUAUUAGCACUAAUAUAGUAAAUCCUAUCGCUCUAGCAAAUAAGCAUUUCUUCAUCAAUUGGAGAAUAAAUCUAUAAAUCUGUAGCAUUUUCUCUUGUUUUAUAAAAUACUGCAUUUCCAUGCAA